AAAUAUACAUCUUUACGAAAACUAGCCUUAAGGGAUAGGCUUAAAGUUGGAAAUUGAUAAAAUUUACUAAGCGUAGGAAAAGUAUAAUAAUUUAUUUGAAGUAUUACUAAGCGUAUCGCACUGACGGAGGUUAUUAUCAAUAAUUGUAUUCCAUACAAAAUUCUGUUACUUUCGUCUGUUAUGGAUAUGGUGACCACCAAUUUACAACAACAACGGCAAAUUACGGAGCAGCUACGACGUGAAGCUGCUUUAAAACGAAUCACAGUUAGCAAAGCUGUUGAAGAUAUCAUGAAAUACAUUACAGAACACGAGCAAGAAGAUUAUCUUUUGGUUGGUUUUUCAUCACAGAAAUCGAAUCCCUUUCGUGAAAGAAGUUACUGUACCAUUUUUUAAACUUGCAUGUUUAAAGUAAAAUGCGAAUCAUUUUAAUUUUUUCUCUCUAAGUAUUCGUAUUUUGAUAUAUUUAAUUUAUUAUAUGAUUAGAAUGAAAUAUCGAGUCUAUUUGUAUCAUCAAUAUUCAAACAUUCAUUUAACUAUCUUAAGUUGAUUAAUUUGGGCCAUCAUUAUUAUUGUUUCUAUGCAUAUUUUGAUAUUUAUUUCAUGUAAACGUUAAACUUUAGAAUUAUUUAUGCAUUAAUAGUUUAUAUUUCUAAUAUAUUUGCUAAUGCUUUAUUAUAAUUCUAUUGGCCUAUAAAUUACCAUGAAAUACAUACGCACAAAAUAUUUCUAAUAUGUAUCAAUAUUAUCUGCAUAUGCAUAAAUAUAUAUGCGAUACAAAAGUGAAAUGUUAUUUUAUACAAUGUUGAUCUUAUGAAAUGUAAUAUUUUUUAAAUAUGAGAACCUGUUACUCUACAAAGUAUAUUAUAGUCUAUUUUUCAUUCAGUCUACAUAAUCAAAGUUGAAAUUAAAUACUUUAAAUGCCUAAUGUAUGUUUAAUGUACUUUUGUACAAUUUAUUUUGCUAAUUACAUAUGCUUAUAUAACAAUGCACUUGUAAAACUUAAAUUGUAAUACAAAAUAAAAACAUGUUAUAAAAAAUAUAAA